AUGAGUACCCGGACAACUCGAACUCGUAAGAUUGAGGAAUCAGAGACUGGCCCAGUGGAUAGUAGAGGCGGCAGUGGUUCAAGUUCUGCCACAGAAAACAACGAUAUUGACCAAGCAACCAUGACCGAUAUGGUCCAGCAGCAGUCUGUUGAGUCUCGGGAAAACAUCUCCCCGAGCUCUACUGGCUCAACGAGACCGACAUCUCCGGUGCAGGCAACACGCACUUGA